AUGAAUACAACGCCACAGCAAAUUCUCAACAUUGAGGAUGCCCUGGUGUCGGAGGCCAACCCUGCACGUCUCAACGGUCCCCUCGAUUAUGAGCGCUGUGCGAGGCUACACAACUAUUUGGUUGCGUAUGGAUGGAUGGCCCGCCACGGACAAGAGACGCCCAAUCUCGAUGUGUUAGCUAGUCAACCCUUCAUUUUCGCAGACGAAGAUACACAGGCUGUUCGCGAACGACUCCACCCCUCAGUGAAUUCCUUCCUGGAUUCGAUAUUCUCGCCUGAGCCAGACUUCUUUUACUGGAUAAAUGAUAUCUCAAUGCAGUUGGUCGACAAUAUUUUUCUGGGUGAGGACAACGACUUAGACGAUCUGGAACGAUUCGUUAUUAUUUAUGGCACUGUGCUUGAGUUAGGCUCGCAUUGUGUCGGGGUCGUCUAUGACCAGCAGCUGCACCGUGCUGCUUUCCCAAUGACCCUCGAAAAUCUGGAUAGUGUGGAGCCGAUCGGCGAGCAUGAGGAUAUGUGGUUCCCACUAGAAACGAUCCUUACCCACUGGAUUUAUAUGCUUCGGAUCGGUAAAAUCACGACCGAUUCACCAGAGGGCGAAGCGCCCAAAGAACUGGCAAAUUCCCGGUCGCAAAUCGGGCUUUGGUCUUGGCUUCCAUAUUGUCCUAGUCAGGUUGACAGUACUGUGGCUGCUAUAGAUCGGUACUCGGCGGCUAUCGAAGCCAGAAUGCCCUCUGGAUCGCUUUUGCCUGUCUCCAGAGAUGCACCACUUUUCACAGACGUAGAGCUUGAUGCGGCGUCUAUACCGGAGGAGUGCUUCAUUCGUUCGGUUCUGACGAGAAUGAGAACUCCCCGUUUUAGAGCCAUUGCGCCCGGCUUGGAGGUUCCGCACGAUACCAUGGCUUUCACGGCUCGGCAGAGGUUUACGGGGGUACCUCGCGAACAGGAGGAAUGGGGCAACAAUAUCCCGCCCGUCCUAAUCUUCGCAGCUGCAGAUAGCAGCCGCACAGUCGGUUUCGGGGAGGAGAUUCGAUGGCUUUUCUUUGCUCCCGGAGAUGAGAUACCAUUCAACGAGAAUGAUCUUAUUCCAACGGGGCUAUAUACACCCUUCACCGCCGCAGAAGCAGCCAUAGCCAACAAACGGGCAUUCGAAGUCCUCCGCAUCCUUAGACGAGCCGACAACAAUUGUCCGAGCGGCUACAACCCCUGCACCGAUCUGGGUAACGGCGACGCAUGCUGUAAGCAGGGAACGAACUGCUCCCGCGAUGCCGCCAACAACAUCGCCUGCUGCGCGAGCGGUGCAAGCUGCACCGGCAGUCUAACAGGAACAACGACGACAGGCACAGGCACCGCGUUCAUGUUCCCCAGCGGUGCAACCGCAACCACCACUACCGAGGGCGAGACGUCCGCAACCGGCUCAACGCUAGACGCCGCGUAUCCAUUUGUCGUCGUCCCGACUUCUUUUGGAAAUGCUGAGAGUUGCUCAUCUUACUACUCUGUGUGUCAGUCGGAGUACACACAAUGCACUGGCGCGCUGAUGGGUCGCUACGGCGUUACUAUUGACGGCGCUGGGGGAGGUGUGACGGUUGAGGCUGUCACGGCUUCGUCGCAGGCGACUUCUAUUUGCUCGAGCUUGAGUUUGGAGGCUUGCCAUGGUAUCAAUUUGGGGUAUUGUAGCAGCGUUGCCACGCAGACUGCUAGUGCGGAGGCGAAUGGGAAUGAUGCCUCUCCUGUGCGGAUGUCGAGUCUCCAUGAUCUGGUCUUUGGGCUGGCGGUUGGGGUUGCGGGGAUGUUUAUAUGA